CACCCGAGGAAGGGCUGGGGUCAGGGUAGGCGGUGCUGGGGCUGACCGCUGGCCUCCGCCAGCACAGACUGCCUGCUGCCUCGCCCUUUGCAUCUCGGGCGACAUUCUCGCUCCAGAGAGGGGAACCAGUAGUUAUUACAGGAGGCACAGAAUAUAUGACUAAAAGCCCUCAAGAAAGUUCAGCAGAAAUAUGGCCUGGCCCACACCAGGCCAAACCGCCGCGCAAGUCCUGCUUUUUCGCAGAACGCAGCCGAGGCGCCUUUGGUGAGAGUCCGGCAGCGUCUGCCCAGGCGCGCCUGCAGAAGGACGGGGCUGCGGCCCCGGGGACGCCAUGUGGCGCCUCGGAAAGCGCCUUGCAGAACAAGGAGUAGCUUGCUGGCUCUGAACACGUGGCAAAUAUUUCAGAAAGCUGCAAGUUAGAGAAAAGAACAGUCAUUCUUCCAAAUUCAUCUGCUUCAUCUAUCACUCUUAUUGGGAAUGGACAAUGGAAUGUUCUCUAGCUUUAUCAUGAUCAAAAACCUCCUUCUCAUUUGUACUUCCAUGAACUUAGCCAGUCACUUUGGCUUUUCACAAAUGACAACAAGUUCGGUGAAAGAUGCAACCAACGACAACAUCACGAUAUUCACGCGGAUAUUGGACGGACUCUUAGACGGUUAUGACAACAGACUGCGGCCUGGCCUCGGAGAGCGAAUAACGCAGGUGAGGACGGACAUCUAUGUCACCAGCUUCGGCCCGGUGUCGGACACAGAAAUGGAGUACACCAUAGAUGUGUUUUUCCGACAAAGCUGGAAAGAUGAGCGGCUGCGGUUUAAGGGGCCGAUGCAGCGCCUGCCUCUCAACAACCUCCUCGCCAGCAAAAUCUGGACCCCGGACACGUUCUUCCACAACGGGAAGAAAUCCAUCGCCCACAACAUGACCACCCCCAAUAAGCUGCUGCGGCUGGAGGACGACGGCACGCUGCUCUACACCAUGCGUUUGACUAUCUCUGCUGAAUGUCCAAUGCAACUUGAAGACUUCCCCAUGGAUGCCCAUGCUUGCCCGCUGAAGUUUGGCAGCUAUGCAUACCCGAAUUCCGAGGUUGUCUACAUCUGGACCAACGGCACCACCAAGUCUGUGGUGGUGGCAGAAGACGGCUCCAGACUGAACCAGUACCACCUGAUGGGGCAGACGGUGGGCACCGAGAAUAUCAGCACCAGUACAGGUGAAUACACAAUCAUGACAGCACAUUUCCAUCUGAAAAGGAGGAUUGGGUACUUUGUCAUCCAGACCUAUCUCCCUUGCAUCAUGACCGUGAUUUUGUCUCAGGUAUCCUUCUGGCUGAACCGAGAGUCAGUCCCAGCCAGGACGGUUUUUGGGGUGACCACGGUGCUGACAAUGACGACCCUCAGCAUCAGUGCUCGGAACUCUCUGCCCAAAGUGGCUUAUGCAACUGCCAUGGACUGGUUCAUAGCCGUGUGCUAUGCCUUUGUGUUCUCCGCACUGAUCGAGUUUGCCACCGUCAACUACUUCACAAAGAGAGGCUGGGCCUGGGAUGGCAAAAAGGCUUUGGAAGCAGCCAAGAUCAAGAAAAAGGAGCGUGAACACAUACUAAAUAAAUCAACAAAUGCUUAUUCUACUGGGAAGAUGACCCAUGCCCCAAAUAUCCCAAAGGAACAGACACCCGUGGGAACUGCAAAUGCAUCUUCAGUCUCAGCGAAACCUUCUGAAGAGAAGACUUCUGAAAGUAAAAAGACAUACAACAGCAUCAGCAAGAUUGACAAGAUGUCCCGAAUUGUAUUCCCUGUCUUGUUUGGCACUUUCAACUUAGUUUACUGGGCAACGUAUUUGAAUAGGGAGCCUGUGAUUAAAGGAGCCACGUCUCCAAAAUAAACUGCUGGACUCCCGAUCACCAAGAGAGCCAUACUUCCAGCAUCUGGUACCCAGGACAGGCUGAGCUCAGAGGGACUUGACCCAUUUGGGCAAUAUCGUUCAGGAAAUUUUUGCAUGUUUAAUAAUACGUACAAAUAAUAUUGCCUUGAUUGUUUCUGUAUAUAACCUCAGAUGUUUCAAAGAUGUCACAUUGAUAAAUAGAGCAAACAACUUUCUAAAAAAAACAGGAGAAAAAGACUCUGACACUCAGAUGCUCAGUAUCUUACACUGUUAGUUUACAAACAAGAUAAGUAUAUUUUUAACUGUUCCAAAUGUUACCUAACGAUGUUUUUUAUACUUCAGAUGUCAUUUCAUACAAAUUUUCCCAGCAGAUCAAUAUUUUAGGAAAUGCUCAAUGAUUAUUAUCUGACCAAAUAUUGCAAGAGACAAAGAUCACAAAAAGCACAUUUUUUCAUGGAAAAAAAAAACAAAAACUGGGCAUUUAUGUACAGAAUUAAUUGCCUUUGAUAAUUCUUACUGCUC